UUGUGGGUCCUGUCCAACCUCAACUCACCCUAGGAAACUUUUCCUACAGGAGCUCAACCCCGGCAGCUGAAAGCACAGCUACCCACGGAGCUACGCUGUUUUGUGGGCAGGGGUUCGACUCGACCCGCUGACGGUCAUUCAUCCUAUGUAAACACCACACGGACCAUCUAUGUGGAUGACUUGUAUUUCUACAAGCGGAGGGUUAACGAAGAGAAGUGUCAGUCUAUGAGAGCAGGUAAUUGGUGCCAUGCCAGCUGCUUCUCCCCCUCUGUUCCCCCUUGCCACCUGGUGGUGGUGUAUGGUACUGUUGCUGCCCCCACAGCCCCAGGCCCUGACCCAGCUCCAGCCGGACCCUAACCCAGAGAAGGCUUCUCACGCUGGGCAGGCCUUCCCUCACCUCUCCCUGGAUGGAUCUCCCCUCAGCCACCUCCUCCAGGACUCCAGGUCUGGUCAUCUGUACGUGGGAGCGGUCAACCAUCUCUACCACCUGUCCCCUGACCUCCAGGUGCUCUCCUCCAGUCAGACUGGCCCCAAACUGGACAGUGCCGAGUGCUUGCCCCCCAUCGUCCCCAAGGACUGCAGUACCGCACACCUGACCCCCAACGCUAAUAAGAUCCUUCUGCUAGAGGAGGGUCUGGCUUCAGCUGGGUCAGAGGUCGGGGCGAGGCGUCUGAUCGUGUGUGGAACCCUGUUCCAGGGUAUCUGUGAGAAGAGGAGUCUGGAUAAUGUGUCCGAGGUACUGUACCAAUCCUCCAACCCGGUGGACACGCAGUACGUCGCCGCCAACGACCCCCGCGUCUCCACCGUGGGUGUGGUCUUGAACCAAACGGGUGUGGGGCUUAUGCUGGUGGGGCGUGGCUACACCAGUAAAGGCCCCAGCGACAUCCCACCAAUCACAACUCGCCGUUUGGCCCCCAGCUCCUCCCCCGCCCGCCAGGCCUUCUCUCAAGACGAGGAACUAGGGAAGCUGGUUGUCGGGAGCUACUCUGAGUACAACAACUACUUCAUCUCCGCGCAUCAUCAUGGCGACCAUGUUUACUUCCUGUUCUCGCGGAGGGAUAUGUGGAACCGGAAGGAGUACCGGACCUACGUUUCUCGUCUCUGCGCCGGAGACCGGAGCUUCUACUCCUACGUGGAGGUUCCGUUAGAAUGUUCCGGGGGUUAUAACCUCGCCCAGGGGGCUACCCUCGCCAAACACCAGGGGCGACCUGCGCUGUUCGUUGCCAUGGCGGCGGGGCAGGCGUCGACGCCCACGGCGACGGAUCGCUCGGCGCUGUGCGUUUAUGGGAUGUCAGAGCUGGAUGCGUCGCUGCAGAGGGCCCAGGAGCUGUGUUAUACAGAGGGCGGAAGAGGAAGGACGGGACAGGAGGAGGCAUACAUAGAGUAUGAGGUGUCGUCCAAGUGUCUACGCCUGCCCAAGGAUUCAUUAAAGAAGUACCCGUGUGGAGGGGAACACACCCCCAGCCCCAUCGCCUCUGCUGUUCCCCUGUCAGCCACCCCCUCUCUGACCAGGGACACUCUACUCACCGCGGUCACCACCACUACCGAGGUCGGCCACACCAUCGCUCUGCUCGGGGACAAGAACGGAUGGCUGCACAAGGUAUUUCUCCAGCCUGACACAACGGGGACGUUGUAUCAGAGUGUAUUGGUGGACCAGGACAGUCCAGUCAACGCUGACCUACUACUGGACCAGUCUGGACAGAAUGUCUACGUCCUCACUGACGGCAAGGUGUCCAAGGUGUCUGUAUCUCAGUGUGAACAACAGCCUGACUGCCAGUCCUGUCUGUCUGUCAGAGACCCUCACUGUGGCUGGUGUGUCCUGGAGGGAAGAUGUAGUCGUCGAAUGGAGUGUAGUCGUGAGGGCCAAGCCAACCACUGGCUGUGGAGCUAUCAGCCUGCCAACCAGCCUGCCAACCAGCCUGCCAACCAGCCUGCCCACCAGCCUGCCAACCAGCCUGCCAACCAGCCUGCCAACCAGCCUGCCAACCAGCCUGCCAACCAGUGUGUGACUGUCCAGAGCUUGGAGCCUGCCAUCCAAAGCAGAGAGGAGGAGACUCAGGUUUCUCUUGUUGUGGCCCUGCUGCCCACCCUGUCAGAGGAGGAGGAGUCUCUGUUCUGCUCCUUUGGAACCCUCGCCCCUCAACCAGCUGUCGUUACGGGAACCACCAUAACCUGUCAAUCACCCCUGCCUGAGCUCCUCCCACCCAGCCCACCAGGAAGUGACCACGUGUCCCUGCGUGUGUCUGUGAUGUUCAGAGACGUGGCCAUCUCUAGCAGUGACAUCAUCUUCUACGACUGUCGAGCUGUGGGGCGACUCAACAUCACCUCCCCGUGUAUGGCGUGUGUGGGCAGUGUGUGGCCAUGCAACUGGUGUGUCCUGGGUGGGCUGUGUACCCACGACAACAGCAGCUGUCCCAGGCAGCACACCAUACACAACUCACUGGGGCAGCAGUUGGAGCCGCGGGGUGCAGACUCGUGUCCCUUUGUGUGGGCUCUACAGAGUUCUCCUCUGGUCCCCAUGGGCUUCCUGUCCCCUCUGACCCUACUGGGCAGGAACCUGGACGGGUUUCAGGGUGAGGAACAGUAUACCUGUGUGGUGGUCGUUGUGGGGGAGGAGCUUAAACUGAACGCCAUUCUGAAGAAAGACCCAGAAACCAAGGUCACCACCUUUACAUGCUCUGUCCACCAGUUCCAGUACCCUUUGAAACAUUUGGAGUACUCUGCUCCCAUCUAUCUGCGAAGAGGUUUCCAUCGCAUCGACUCUGCUCCCGACCUCAGACUGCAGCUAUAUGACUGUUCAGUGGGCCAGUCUGACUGUAGCCAGUGCAGAGCGGUGUCUUCAGGGUACGGCUGUGUCUGGUGUGGUGGAGAGACACCAGGCUGUGUCUACAAUCUCUCCUGUACCAGCUCACCUGGGCCCGCUGACACCUGUCCCUCGCCUCAGAUCACACAGAUCCAGCCAGUGACUGGUCCGGUGGAGGGUGGUGUUCUGAUCACCAUCCGUGGGUCCAACCUGGGGAUGCAGUACCAGGACAUCCAGGGAGGAGUGACUGUAGCUGGGGUCAGCUGUCUGCCUCAGUCCCAUGGAUACCUCAUCUCUACCAGGAUAGUGUGUGAGCUCCAGCCCAGUAAACAGGAGACAGAGGGACCAGUCAUUGUUUCCGUGAGAGACUUAGAACCAGGACAGUCUCUGCAGAUAUUCACCUACCAGGACCCCCAGUUAACCGGUAUUGUCCCUGAUAAGGGCCCUGUAUCAGGAGGGACCAGCCUGACAGUCCAGGGGACUCGGCUACUAACGGGACAGAGGAAGGACCUGACUGCAUACGUAGGACAACAACCCUGCUACAUUGUUGAGGAGGUGAAUGGGACCCACCUGGUAUGCAGGACCAGCCCCAGUAACCAGACAGCAGAGCUGACGGUGAGGGUGUUGUUUGGGAAGGCAGAGAGGAGCGUACCUGGGCAGGUGUUCCACUACAUGGAGGACCCUGUCAUCACCGCAGCAUCGCCUGCUGAGAGCUUCUACGAGGGUGGGCGUAGUAUAAAGGUGAGUGGGCGUAGCCUGUACGUGGUCCAGCAGCCAAUGCUAACUGUGUGGGUGGAGCCUAAAGAGAACACGCUGGUGAGGAGGAGGAGGAACAACCAACUGGUCUUCAACAGCACCGUUUCUAAGCAGGAGCGUUGUACGGUGGUCUCUUCCUUUGAGAUGAACUGUUUGACCCCGCGUGUGACCCCUGACACUAAGGUCAUGGGGGUGUGGUUUGAGCUGGACAACGUUAAGGUGUCGUUUGAGAGAGUCGCGGGGAAGACGUUCUCUUACUACCCCAACCCCGAGCUGUUGGCUCUGAACAGAGAUGACCCGGACACACCCUACCGCUUCAAACCUGGAGGGGUAAUCGCUGUAGAGGGUAAGGACCUGACGCGUGCGAUGACCCGAGGGGAGGUGGUAGCCAGGCUGGGGGACCAGGAGUGUGAGGUCAAGACUCUGGACAGUACUCACCUGUACUGUGAACCCUCCGUGGUAAUGGGGAAUCUGAACGUAGACCUGGGUACAGUGCAGUAUGAUACAGAAGGCCUCUCACCUGUCCCUCUGGCUGCCCAGGUGGGUCUGGCUGCAGGGGCUGCUGUGGUGGUCCUAGUGGUGCUGGUCAUCAUCCUCAUGUACAGGUCAUUCAUCCACACCCUCGAGGCCCAGCAGAACUUCUCCCAGCGUGACCGUGGCUACGUGGCGUCUCUCCUGACCAUGGCCCUGCACGACCAGCUGGAGUACUUCACUGAUGUCAUGAAGACCUUACUGGGAGACCUGGUGCUGCAGUACGUCACCAAGAACCCCAAACUCAUGCUGCGCAGGACGGAGACAGUGGUGGAGAAGAUGCUCACCAACUGGAUGUCCAUCUGUCUCUACUCCUUCCUCAAGGAGGUGGCUGGGGAGCCCCUGUAUAUGCUGUACAGAGCCAUCAAGUACCAGGUGGAUAAGGGACCAGUAGACGCUGUGACGGGGAAGGCCAAGCGUACCCUGAACGACAGCCAUCUACUGAGAGAGGACAUCGACUACUCCUCGAUCACUCUGGUGGUGAAGAGUGGUGUGGAGGUGCAGCCGUGUCCCGUCAAGGUGUUGGACACCGACACCAUCACACAGGUCAAAGACAAGAUCCUAGACCAGAUGUAUAAAGGAGCUCCCUUCUCACAGAGACCUGCUGCAGACUCACUGGACCUGGAAUGGAGAUCGGGGCAGGCGGGUCACCUGACUCUGUCAGACGAUGACGUCACAGCAGUCGUCCAGGGGAGCUGGAAGAAACUCAACACUCUGCAGCACUACAAGGUGCCAGACGGAGCGACCGUGGCUCUGAUCCCCAGAUCAGCUGUCGUCAUGGGGAUACCCCAGGUCUACCAGACUGGAGAGAAGAUGCCCAUGUUGGAGGGGGAGGAGGGGCUGAGGCUGUGGCACCUGGUGAAGUCCAACGAGGAACCAGAGAUCCCCAAACACAGCAGCAUGAGAGAGAGGGAGAGGGCCAAGGCCAUACCAGAGAUAUACCUGACACGACUACUAUCUAUGAAGGGGACGCUGCAGAAGUUUGUAGACGAUGUGUUCAUAGCCAUUCUCAACACCAAGCGUCCUCCUCCCAUCGCUGUGCGUUUCUUCUUUGACUUCCUGGAUGACAUGGCAGAGAAACACGGCAUCGACGACCCCGAGACCGUGCACAUCUGGAAGACCAACAGCCUGCCUCUGAGGUUCUGGGUGAACAUCUUGAAGAAUCCUCAGUUUGUGUUUGACGUUCAGGUGACGGAUAGCGUGGACGCCGUCCUCUCGGUCAUCGCUCAGACGUUCAUCGACUCCUGCACCACCUCCGAACACAAAGUCGGACGGGACUCUCCGGUGAACAAGCUGCUCUACGCCAGAGAGAUCCCCAGAUACAAGCAGCUGGUUGAGAGGUAUUACAGUGACAUCCACAGUGCAGCGUCUGGCUGUUACCAAGAAAUGAACUCUACUCUAACAGAGUUGUCUGGGAGUUUUGCCUCAGAGAUGAACAGUCUGGUGGCUCUGCACGAGCUGUACAAGUACAUCAACAAGUACUAUGACCAGAUCAUCACGUCUCUGGAGGAGGACGCAGCUGGACAGAAGAUGCAGCUGGCCUAUCGUCUACAGCAGGUCGCCGCCCUGGUGGAGAACAAGGUCACUGACCUUUAACCCCUGAUCUCUGACCUGUGGCCUAGAGCAGGUCGCCUCCCUGGUGGAGAACAAGGACCUUUAACCCUUGAUCUCUGACUCCUGACAUGUGGCCGACAGCAGGUCACCGCCCUGAGGGAGAAUAAAGUCACUGACCUCUAACUAGGGACGGAAUGUGAAAAGGGCCCUGUCAGUCAAAACCCACGCAGCGCUAUGAUGCGCCUGACGUCAUGUAUAGCAUGUUACCGUACAGACACUGCGUUCCAAUUCAGGGCGUUUAUCAGUAUCCAAAUCUGCCAUUUCAACCCGUAUACAGGAACGAGGAUUAUGGGUUAAAGCUAUACCAAAUAAUACAUCUUACAACAGGCUCAUCUGUAAAACAGACCUUGGUCUCAGUAGGACUUCCUGAUCUAAUAAACAGACCUUGGUCUCAGUAGGACUUCCUGAUCUAAUAAACAGACCUUGGUCUCAGUAGGACUUCCUGAUCUAAUAAAGGCUACAUCAAUAAAACAGGCAGCAGACAAAGAAUUCCUAGCAAUAAGUCUCACAGGGAUGUACUGGGGAAUAUAAAGGACAAGAAGGCUGGAAUAGUUUAGACCUGCAACACCAGGUCCGACCAGAAGAGGGGGCUGUGGUGGAGUUGAGCAGAUUUGAGUCAUUUUAAAAACCAGCUGUGUUGAGCAGGUUGUUACAUUGAACACAACCACUGUAUAGAAACUCAUUUAUUCUCUGUAAAUAGUGCCUAUUUAUAUUCCAUCCCCAAUCCCAUACCAACCAAAGCUGCCUUUUUUCAACUUUUGAAACGACUUAAAGCGUAUAAUAUUUUUGAAGUCAAACAACUGGCGAACCUGUUUUGAAUUUGUAAAGAGUAACAAGACAGGGAAAAGCUGGAGAUUCUCUUCUGAUGAUCUGAGGUGAUUGUCUUAUCUCACGUCUGACUGACAGAACCUGUUACAGAUGGUGACCCCUGACCUAUCCUGUUACACGUGGUGACCCCUGACCUAUCCAGUUACACGUGGUGACCCCUGACCUAUCCAGUUACACGUGGUGACCCCUGACCUAUCCAGUUACACGUGGUGACUCCUGACCUAUCCAGUUACACGUGGUGACCCCUGAUCUAUCCAGUUACACGUGGUGACCCCUGACCUAUCCUGUUACACGUGGUGACCCCUGACCUAUCCUGUUACACGUGGUGACCCCUGACCUAUCCUGUUACACGUGGUGACCCCUGACCUAUCCUGUUACCUGUCCGGUGUGCUCUGACUCCACAGACUCAGUAUUGCUAUAUUUGCCUAACCUUCUCUCGUUACUAGUGUAACCCUGAACUGUGGUUCCUCUCUUUGGCUCUGUCUGAAAUAGCACUCUCUUCCCUAUAUUUGGUUUAUUUAACAAGGCAAGUCAAUUAAUUAAGACAUUCUUCUUUACAACGACGGCCUACCCCGGCCAAACCCGAACGACGCUGGGACAAUUGUGCGCUGCCCUAUGGGAUACAGCCUGGAUUCGAACCAGGGAAUGUAGUGACGCCUCUUGCACUGAGAUGUAGUGCACUAUUUUAGACCAGAGCCCUAUGGAACCCUAUUCCCUAUAUAGUGCACUACUUUAGACCAGAGCCCUAUGGCACCCUCUUUCCUAUGGACCCUGGUCUAUAGUAGUGCCUUCUAUAAGGGUGUCAUUUUAGGUUGCACACUUUGACCCAUCUCCUGGUUAGUGGACAUACAGAUCUGUUAUGUAUUAAUCUGUCUUGGGUUAGAGAUCCUUUAUGUAUUAAUCUGUGUAUUAAUCUGUCUUGGGUUAGAGGUUCUUUAUAUUCAUCUGUCUUGGGUUCGAUUCUUUAUGUAUUAAUCUGUCAUGGGUUAGAGAUCCUUUAUGUAUUAAUCUGUGUAUUAAUCUGUCUUGGGUUCGAUUCUUUAUGUAUUAAUCUGUCAUGGGUUAGAGAUCCUUUAUGUAUUAAUCUGUGUAUUAAUCUGUCUUGGGUUAGAGGUUCUUUAUAUUCAUCUGUCUUGGGUUCGAUUCUUUAUGUAUUAAUCUGUCAUGGGUUAGAGAUCCUUUAUCUAUUAAUCUGUCUUGGCUAGAGAGCCAAUAGAUGUAUCUUGGGUUAGAGAUUUAUCAUGUAUUAAUCUGUCUUGGGUUAGAGAUUCUUUAUGUAUUAAUCUGUCUUGGGUUAGAGAUUCUUUAUGUAUUAAUCUGUCUUGGGUUAGAGAUUCUUUAUGUAUUAAUCUGUCUUUGGUUAGACAUUCUUUAUGUAUUAAUCUGUGUAUUAAUCUGUCUUGGGUUAGAGAUCCUUUAUGUAUUAAUCUGUCUUGGGUUAGACAUUCUUUAUGUAUUAAUCUGUGUAUUAAUCUGUCUUGGGUUAGAGAUCCUUUAUGUAUUAAUCUGUCUUGGUUAGAGAUUCUUUAUGUAUUAAUCUGUCUUGGUUAGAGAUUCUUUAUGUGUUAAUCUGUCUUGGUUAGAGAUCCUUUAUCUAUUAAUCUGUCUUGGUUAGAGAUCCUUUAUGUAUCAAUCUGUCUUGGGUUUGUACAGUUAUAUUGCUGAAUGGUGAUCUUAAUAACUUUUCCCUCCUAACAUGUUGUUCUCUGUGUUUGGAGCUCCUGGUCAUGAAUAUGUAUGGCUUGAUUUAUUGACAGUGGGCAGCCUCCCAAAUCACACCCUAUGCCCUUUACAGUGAACUGCGUUUAACCAGACUAGUGCACUAUAUAGGGAACAGGGUGCCGUUUUAGGGACGCAGCCGGUGUGAUUUUAAAGGAUGUUUUUUGACUUGGCGUUUUGAUUGGAGCGGUUUAAAGGUUUAAGUCAAUUCCUUCCUAGUCAUUUCUUGAAACCUGUUUGCGUUCCAGGCCGACUACGUUACAGAUGCAUUGCAUUCACCCAUUGUUCUGCACCACGUCAUUGAGUGGCACAAUCAGAUUGCUAUAUAAUAGGAUGUGGUUAGGUGUUUAACAUAACAGCUAUCUAGGCAGGCAUCUGCAGUGUAGUCAUCCUGGAACGUGUCCGUUGUGUUCCUUCCUGUUACUAGUGAGUGUUAUGUUGCAUGUUCUUUUCUGAACCGGUGUCUGGCUCGUAGGACUGUAGUUUUAACUGAACCGGUGUCUGGCUCGUAGGACUGUAGUUUUAACUGAACCGGUGUCUGUAGUUUAGUGAUUCUCUGCAUGCAUGUGUUUUUUAUUAAUCGUCUACAAUCAGAGCAGCAACGUGCUAAGGGAACCCUACCUCCUACAUAGUGCACCACUUUAGACCAGAGCCCUCUGGGCUUCCCCACCUGGGCUUCCCCACCUGGGCUUCCCCACCUGGGCUUUCCACCUGGGCUUCCUCACCUGGGCUUCCCCACCUGGGCUUCCCCACCUCGGCUUCCUCACCUGGGCUUCCCCACCUGGGCUUCCCCACCUGGGCUUCCCCACCUGGGCUUCCCACCUGGGCUUCCUCACCUGGGCUUCCCACUUGGGCUUCCUCACCUGGGCUUCCCAAUUUUCCCUGGUCUAAAGUAGUGCAGUAUGAAGGGAAUAGGGAAUGUGAUGUUAACUGUUGUGUUUUUCUACUGGCUGUACAACUUUAUAUUCUUUCCCAUUCUGGGUCGUCAACAACACACAGGUCUGGAACUAUUUUAAUGAAGAGGUCUCUAUCAGAGAAACUGUUGUAUCCCCUAUGCCAUCCUAUUCCCUAUAUAGUACACUACUUUUGGCCCGGUCAGGCUAGGGACAAUAAUCCAACUCAAAUGUGACACUAAACAGUGGUUUGUAAUGACAUUGGGGAGUUGAGAGAGAGCUGGAGAUCAGCCACAUGUCUGUCACUCUGGCGUGUGUCUAGUGUGACACCAGAUGUGUCUAGUGUGACACCAGAUGUGUCUAGUGUGACACCAGAUGUGUCUAGUGUGACACCAGAUGUGUCUAGUGUGACACCAGAUGUGUCUAGUGUGACACCAGAUGUGUCUAGUGUGACACCAGAUGUGUCUAGUGUGACACCAGAUGUGUCUAGUGUGACACCAGAUGUGUCUAGUGUGACACCAGAUGUGUCUAGUGUGACACCAGAUGUGUCUAGUGUGACACCAGAUGUGCCUGUAAAUACAUUGUGAAGAGAUUUGUCUGUUGUUGUUUUUAUGGGGAAUAAUAAAGUUUUCAUUGUAACAGGA